AUGCAUUGUUGUUCUACGAGCCGUAGGCGUCUAACCGCGCAGCUACUGUCAAGGUCGCCUACGCGUCGGGGAGACAGUCCUAAGCACACCCCUACAGUCUGCACAUACCGUCUAUCGGCACCACUCGCGUCUUACAAUACGCGAAAUAAUAUUCUAUUUUUAUAUUAUCUGUGUUUCGUUAUUCCAAGUUUAAACAUUUGAAGAUCUGUUCUGUGCUGUUGAUGUGUCUAUUUACAAUUUUACUCAACCAAUGGGACUAUAGAUUAUAAAUUAAAAAAACGGACGUUUAGUGAUUGGCGUGUAUAUUUUGAACGCAUGAUAUAAAUAAACUGUGUAGUUCUAGCAAUACAAAUAUGGCAGCCACACAGGCACACACAGAGAAGUUGUAUCCUAAUUGUGAUGCAACCGUUUGGCUCCGAUCCUGCGAAGAGGAGGUGUCUGAACCUCUUGAGGGGGUGAUCACAGGUGAGGUACCGACAUGGCUCCGUGGUACAUUACUACGCAAUGGACCAGGUUCCCUGAAGGUCGGGGAUAUGAGAUUCGAUCACCUUUUCGACAGUUCCGCACUUUUGCACAGGUUCGCGAUUGACGAUGGCCAUGUGACAUACCAGUGUCGGUUCCUCCGUACCAACACGCUGAAGAAGAAUAGAGCAGCCAACCGCAUCAUAGUAUCGGAGUUCGGUACCAAGUCCGCCCCUGACCCAUGCCAUUCCAUUUUCGACAGGGUCGCAGCAUUCUUCAACCCCGCCGAGCACAUGUCGGAUAACGCGAUGAUAUCAGUAUAUCCAUUCGGUGAUGAAGUAUACGCGUUCACUGAAGGUCCCAUUAUACACAGGGUAGACACGGUUACCCUCGACACUCUGGAGCGUAAGAAUAUGACGAAAUGUGUGGCGUUAGUCAACCACACCUCGCAUCCACAUGUCAUGCCUAAUGGGGACGUGUACAACCUUGGUAUGUCCAUCGUGAAAGGCACAAUACGUCACGUGGUCGCGAAAUUCCCUUUCACUGAAAAAGGCGACAUGUUCAAAAGCGCACACAUUGUAGCAACAUUGAAGCCUCGUUGGACACUGAAUCCUUCUUACAUGCAUACGUUUGGUAUAACUGAGAAUUAUUUCGUGAUAGUGGAACAGCCGCUGUCGGUAUCUGUCCCUGGACUAAUGCGAGGUCUCAUCACCAAUGAUAAGCUGGUUUCCAGUUUACAAUGGAAUCCUGGUUAUGAGACCCACAUAGUCCUUCUAAGUAGAUCUACAGGACGAGAAGUAAAGAGAUUCCGUACUGAAUCCUUGUUCUACUUGCACAUCAUCAACACGUAUGAACAGGAAGGCAACCUGGUUGUGGAUAUAUGUGCCUACAAGGACGCUAAGGUCAUAGACGCCAUGUAUGUUGAGGCUAUUGAGUCGAUGCAAAGUAACGCAGACUAUGCGAAUUGGUUCCGAGCGCGACCUAAAAGGAUGGAGGUGUCACUUGAUGCACCUAACCUGACUUAUGUGGCACCAAAGACUCUGGCUAACAUCGGAUGUGAAACUCCAAGAAUACACUAUGAUGUUCAUAACGCAAAACCCUAUAGAUACUUCUACGCCAUCAGUUCAGAUGUAGAUGCUGAAAAUCCCGGAAUGGUUAUAAAAGUGGACACAAAGACAGGUGAGACGAAGACGUGGUGUAAACCCAACUGUUACCCGAGCGAACCGAUAUUUGUACCGGCGCCUAAUGCUAAGGACGAAGAUGACGGAGUUCUCCUAAGUGCAUUAGUAUGGGGCGGUGAGGUGACGCAUACAGUGGCCGUACUAAUCCUAGACGCGAAGACAAUGCAGGAACUAGCGCGAGCCACCUUCAAUACUCCCUCGCCCGCUCCCAAAUGUUUACACGGAUGGUUCUUACCGACUAACAGUUAAAUAUUCUUAAAAUAACUUUAGAUUAAGUUCAGGUCGGUUUUUCAGCCUCUUAAUUGCGAUGUGGAAGAACAAUGCUUCGGUUAAUUUUAAACCCUUGGCAGUAUAUUAUCUAACCAGUGGAUUAAAUGAGUUAGUUUAACAUAAUUGUUGGAAAUUAUAGAGGAUCUGUCAAAUCGGCUCUCGAUGUUGUGAUAUUGUUAAAUGUAUUUUAUUUUGUUGGCUAAAAAGGAGGUGGUCUAAGGCCAUAUUGGCUUUGACAUUGCUUAGUCUUGUAAUUUGACCUAAUUUUAAUUGGUCUAGUUUAAAAUGUGAUCUCUGUUGUUGGUUGAUGUUGUUUGACGUAAUUCUUGAAUAAAAUGGUGUUGCAGGCCUUAAAAUUGUAUCGUGAUAAAUGGUGUUUUCGAUAUCAAUUGUACACUAUUUAUAAUGAGAAUUAAUAAGGGUUAUUUUGUUUAGAUAUUAAUUUGAAGUGCCUAUAUUAUCUGAUAUUACCUAGAUGUAUUUUUGGUUACAUUAUAUAAUUUUCGUACCGAAGGACCAAUUUUUCAGAUUUGGUCCUUUUUGGUAAAAUGUGAUUGUUUAAGAAUUAAUUACGUAAUACCUACUUAAUUUCUAAAAUAGUAGUCUUACUUUACUGUUAUUAUACUUAUUUUUUUUUGUUACUGGAUAAUAAAUUGAUUUAAUGUUUUAAUAGAUACUGUUUUCGUAUUUUAUUUCGUGAAUAUUUUUGUCUUAAAUGAAAUACGAAGUGAUGAUGAAAGUUAAAAAUUGUGUAAAUAGAUAUUAAUCUACUUUAACUCUACAAUUUUAAAUCUACUUUAACAAUAAACGCUUUUGUAUGUUUUAAUAAAUAAGUUUCAACAA